AUGGGCUGCGUCCAAGGCCGCCCCUCCGCGCCCAGCCCCGACCACCCGCCGCAGCCGCCCGAGCCGCCGGCCCCCGCGGCGGCGGCGCAGGAGGCCGCCGGGAAGGCCGAGCAGCCGGCAGCGCCAGCCGAGAAGCCGGCCCGGCGGGAGAGGCGCUCCCGCUCGUCGCGCAGCGGGCCCGGGCCCAGCUUCGCCAACAGGGCGCGCGGGGAGCAGGUCGCCGCCGGCUGGCCCGCCUGGCUCUCCGCCGUCGCCGGCGAGGCCAUCGACGGAUGGACCCCGCGCCGCGCCGACUCCUUCGAGAAGAUUGACAAGAUCGGCCAGGGCACGUACAGCAACGUGUACAAGGCGCGCGACACGGUGAGCGGCAAGAUCGUGGCGCUCAAGAAGGUGCGCUUCGACAACCUCGAGCCCGAGAGCGUCCGCUUCAUGGCCCGCGAGAUCCUCAUCCUCCGGCGCCUCGACCACCCCAACGUCGUCAAGCUCGACGGCCUCGUCACCUCCCGCAUGUCCUGCAGCCUCUACCUCGUCUUCGAGUACAUGGAGCACGACCUCGCGGGCCUCGCCGCCAGCCCGGAAAUCAAGUUCACUGAGCCACAGGUCAAGUGCUAUAUGCAUCAGUUGCUGUCGGGUCUGGAGCACUGCCACGACCGCGGGGUGCUGCACCGCGACAUCAAGGGCUCGAAUCUGCUCUUGGACAACAAUGGCAUGCUGAAGAUUGCAGAUUUUGGUCUCGCGUCAUUCUUCGACCCAGACCGUAAACAGCCGAUGACGAGCCGGGUGGUGACCCUAUGGUACCGGCCACCCGAGCUACUUCUCGGCGCAACGGAUUACGGGGUGGGUGUGGACCUGUGGAGCGCAGGGUGUAUCCUGGCCGAGUUGCUCGCUGGGAGGCCAAUUAUGCCAGGACGAACAGAGGUGGAACAGCUGCAUAAAAUUUUUAAGUUGUGUGGCUCACCAACAGAAGAAUAUUGGAAAAAGUCAAAGCUGCCUCAUGCUACAAUAUUUAAGCCUCAGCAACCGUACAAAAGGCGAAUAAGAGAGACGUUUAAGGAUUUUCCACAAUCAGCACUGCAGUUGAUCGAAACACUACUUGCAAUUGAUCCAGCAGAUCGGUUAACAGCAACUUCUGCAUUAAGAAGCGAUUUCUUUACAACCGAACCUUUUGCAUGCGAACCGUCGAGUCUUCCAAAAUAUCCUCCAAGCAAAGAAAUAGAUGCAAAACGAAGAGACGAAGAAGCCAGACGUUUAAGAGCUGCUGGUGGUAGAGCUAAUGGUGAUGGAGCCAAGAAGACGAGAACACGUGAUCGACCUAAGGCAGUUCCAGCUCCAGAGGCAAAUGCUGAACUUCAAGUAAACAUCGAUAAAAGAAGGUUCAUUACUCAUGCAAAUGCGAAGAGCAAGAGUGAAAAGUUCCCUCCCCCACAUCAAGAUGGUGCGGUUGGUGUCCCUUUGGAUACUUCAAAUCAUAUGGACCCGCUAUACGAACCUCCAGACCCAUCUUCCUUCAGCACUGUGUUCACAUAUGAGAAAGGCGCUGUGCCUACUUGGUCUGGACCAUUGGUUGAUCCUGCUGCAGUGGUGAACCAAAAGCGGAAGCACAAGUCUGGGCGCUCAUCGAAACAACCGGCAACUGCCCGUGCUCGGUAA